GUGCGAUGGAUGAUGUACUGGAUUGUUUUUGCCCUCUACACUGUGGUGGAGACCAUCGCUGACCUAACAGUAGCAUGGUUUCCUCUGUACUAUGAGCUGAAGAUAGCCUUUGUGAUAUGGCUGCUGUCCCCCUACACCAGAGGAGCCAGUCUCAUUUACAGAAAGUGUCUGCACCCACUGCUGUCCUCCAGAGAGAGGGAAAUAGAUGAGUACAUUGUGCAGGCCAAAGAGAGAAGCUAUGAAACCAUGGUGAACUUUGGCAAGCAGGGACUGAGCAUCGCAGCCACUGCCGCCGUCAGCGCAGCUGUCAAG